GGAAUUGGGGCGGAAUUGUGUGGAAAUAAUGUGUGAAUUGUGUGUAAAUGGGUGUAAAUUGUGUGUAAAUGGGUGUAAAUUGUGUGUAAAUGGGGGUAAAUCGUGUGUAAAUCGUGUGUAAAUGGUAAUUGUGUGCAAAUUGUGUGUGAAUUGUGUGUGAAUUGUGUGUGAAUUGUGUGUGAAAGGUGGUAAAUUGUGUGUGAUGGGUGUGAUUGAGGGUGAAUUGUGUGGAAAUGGGUGUGAAUUGUGUGUAAAUGGGGGUAAAUUGUGUGUAAAUCGUGUAAAUCACGGGUAAAUGGGAGCGAAUUGUGUCUCUCAUUCCCUGGGAUGGGGAGGGGGGGCAAUUUUGGGGAUCCCUUUUCCCAGGAAAUCUCUCAUUCCCUGGGAAUAUGAAGGACAAUUUUUGGGAUCCCUUUUCCCGGGAAAAGUCUCUCAUUCCCUGGGAAUAUGAAGGACAAUUUUUGGGAUCCCCUUGCCCCAGACCCUUCCCCGUGUCUGGAAGUGCUGCCUCUCCCUUUUCCCUGGGAACAGGAGUUCCUUUGGGAUGGGAAUUCCCUUGGGAUGGGAAGAGCAGCAUUAACCCCUUCCCUGCCGCAGAGAGCCCCACGGCCUGCCAGGCGGCGCAGGACCGCGACUGCAAAUGUCCCCAGGGCCACGGCUGUGCCACCGAGCCCUGCCUGUUCUGCAGGAGACUGCCCCAGUGCCAGCCGGGCUGGGAGCUGGGCAGGAGAGGACUGGUGGAUUUCGAGUUUGAGUGCAAACGCUGCAGGAACGGCACCUACUCCAGCAGCAGGAACAGCUGGUGCCGCAACUGGACCGACUGCGAGAGCAGCGGCUUCGUCACCCUGCGGGAGGGGAACAGCACCCACAACGCGGUGUGCAGCCUGCCGGCCAGAGCCCCGGAGCCAGCGCGGGUAGCGCCGGGGCUCCCGUCCAGCGCGGUCCUGGCCGUGCUGGUGGCCGUGGCGCUCUUCGUGCUGGUGCUGCUCUCGUUCCUGCUGCACUUCUGCAUCUGGAGCCUGCGCGGGCACAGGGACAGGGACAGCCACAGCAAACUGCGGCACGGCGGCGCAGAUUCCCUCCCCACCUUCCCGCGGCUGCUGCUCCAGGGGGAGGAAUCCUACAGCAUCCAGUUCCCGGAGGAGGAGCACGGUGACAAGAGCGAGGACCGGGACCGGGACAAGGAGAGGGUGGCCAGCAGCAAACCCGGAUUUGGAAUCGUCACUUUUACUCGAAAACUGGGAGAUCCUCCCUUAAAUCCCAAUAUUCUGAAAUCCAGGAAUAUUGGAAGAGCCCCCUUCAACUCCGUGCUUGUUCCUAUCGAUUCUAUUGGGAUUUUUGGGGAUUUUAAUGGGAUUUCCCUUUUCUCCCCACCUUUCCUGGCACCUGGCUGCGCGCAGCUUCCCCCCUCGUCUCCCUCCUCCCGGCAGCCCUGGAUCUGCCCUGACUGGUUGGACUGGUUGUAAAAUGAACGUUUGGAUUCAUGCGCUGCCCUCCCCUCCCCCAGCGCACACAAAACCUGAUCUGUCCAACAAAACCCUCUCGAAUCCACCUGGGGGGAGAAGGAGGAAGAGAAAAGAGGGCGGAAUCCGCAGAAAGUGAAGCGGGGAGAGGGAAGAUCCAUGGAAAAGUAGGGAAAGCCCUCCGAGAAGUCGUUCUCGCGCUCCCUAAAUCCCAUUUUUUUUCCUCCCCGCUCUACCUGGAAACUUUGGAUCUUACCAGGACCAGCACAAAAUCCAGGGAAAACUUCAGUGCUGGGAGCUUCUCCCACAGCCAGCUCAGCCUCCAGGCGGGGAAGGAAUUUUGGGAGGAUGAGGAGCCAGGAGAGUUUUUCCUCUUCCGCGUCCUGGAAAAGGCGACCUUGGAUUUCGCGGGGAAAUCGGCGCCGGAGCGAACGGUGGCAAAACCCACAGCCAGACCUGGAAAAACAACACCUCUACACCUCGUUAGGCUGCUGAAACUGAGCUUAAAAAAAAAAUAAAUUCAAAUAAAACCCAGCUUAAAAGGGCAAAAAAAGCAGGCCGGGAAGGGCUGGGCCGAGCGCGGCGGCGCGGAGGAGCUGCGUGUUGGAGCUGGAGUUGAGGAGGAUGGUUGGGGAGCGAGGCCAAGGCUCGUCUUACAUGGAGCCCGGCACCCCUCCCCGCGCAGGUGCACGCCGGGCCAGCCAAUCCCGCGGCCCCGCGGCCGACAGGUGUGUCCUGGCCUUGGGGAGCGGCCGCCAGCCGCCCCGGCAGCGCCAGCGCCGGCCUGGGCCCGGCCUAACAAAGGCUGGCUUAUUCCUUCCCGGAGCUCGGGGGGUGGUGUGCGGUGGAAGGGACGUUGGAGAUCCAGGGUCAGCCGGGCUGUGGGGAAGGAGCUUCCACCAUCCCUGGGUGCUCCAAGCUGGACUUGGACACUUCCAGAUUUUCAGGCCGAGGCCUCGCUGCCCUCAACUUCCUCCCAAUUUCCCAUUUAGUCCUGCCCUCACUCUGCACAAAGCCGUGCCCUGGAAGGGACGUUGGAGAUCCAGGGUCACCCCAGGCUGUGGGGAAGGAGCUGCCACCAUCCCUGGGUGCUCCAAGCUGGACUUGGACACUUCCACAUUCUCAGGCCAUGGAU